AUGCAGCCCUCAAACAGUCAGGAGGACUGCUCUGCCUGCGCCCUGCAUAUGCACGGUGCCUGCCCUGCCGACCGCCUGCUGCUGCGACACAGAGCCAUGAGCCACUCCAGACACAUGGGCAAGAUAAGGAAAAGGCUGGAGGAAAUCAAGAACCAGUCUCCGAAGCUGACGAAAGCCGAUUUCAGCCACAAUGAAAGCAUAAGGCUGGCCACCGACGCCUUCCUGGACGGUGGGACAGACUCUUACCUCGAAACUUUAAGCAAAGAGGGUGAGGUGGAUUUCCUCUCCUCGGUGGAAGCUCAGUACAUCAAGGAUAACGCCAGGGAGUCCUACUACGCGCAGGAGUCCCCAGCGGCUGACGGGGCAGCUGUGCCAAAGCAGAAUGAAGCCGGGUCGCUCCCAUCAGGGACUUACUUCCCCACCAUUUCUGACAGCAGUGAGCCAGCUCUGCUGCACACGUGGAUUACAGCAGAGAAGCCCUAUUUAAAGGAGAAAUCUACUGCCACGGUGUAUUUCCAAACAGAGAAAAACAGCAACAUUAGAGACAUCAUACGCCGGUACAUCAACAAGACCACUCAGGUGCUGGCUAUUGUGAUGGAUGUGUUCACAGACACUGAGAUUUUGUGUGACCUCCUGGAGGCAGCUAACAAGCGCAUGGUGUUUGUCUACCUGUUGCUCGAUCACAGCAACAUCAAUCUCUUCUCGGAGAUGUGUGACAAGCUACAAGUUGCAGAGGAUCUCUUCAAGAAUAUUUCAGUCCGCAGUGUUACUGGGGAGGUUUACUGUGCCAAGUCAGGCAGGAAAUUCUCAGGACAAAUACAAGAAAAAUUUCUUAUCUCUGACUGGAGAUACGUGCUGUCUGGAUCUUACAGCUUCACGUGGCUGUGCGGGCAGGUUCACCGCAACCUGCUCUCCAAGUUCACGGGCCAAGUGGUGGAGCUGUUUGAUGAGGAGUUCCGACACCUGUACGCGCUGUCCAAGCCGGUGAGGGGCCCCAAGUCCCCUCCGCGCACCAUGCCCUACCUGUUCAGCAGGAGCUGGGCCCCGCCGCGCAGCCUCCCCCUCAGCGACCAGGAAAGCACCAACACCCUCUCCGACGACUUCAGCAGCCUCUCGGCCGGCAGCACCCACCAGACCAAGCAAACCCCCAGAACUCUCGCCUUCGGCAGCAACUUCGCUCCCCAGUCUCCUCUGCACAGAGUGAAUUCCUUCCACGGCUACGUGUCCCUGACGCCGCCCGCGCCGGCGGCCGUCCAGCCCAGCUACUACCAGCCGCACUACGCGGCCGAUAACGCCCCCGUUCUCUAUAACAACAUGAACAUUUACAGGCCUGUGAGGUUUAGGCAAGAGGAACCCAACAGGACAGGGCUAAGCUCUCCCUGGAGAUGCCUCCACAAAGCCAACCUGUUUGCAUAA